AUAUGGAUAAAACUUAAAUCACUAAUUCUUCUCUACUAAUAAUGAAGAGAGAAAUCUUUAGGAAUAAGCUCAGAAAAGAAUUUUUGGAAAAAAGGUUUAAAAAUAAAAGAUCAAUAAAAAUAAAAGCUGUGUUUGAGUAAAUAAUGAAAAUUUAGGAUGCUAAAAAUGAUGAGGAGAAUUAAGAUUCAGAUUCAGCUUCAGAUCAAAAUCAGAUCUCAGAAGAAAGCUGUGAUUAUUUUGCAGUCUUUUAAAUUGGGAGAACCCACAAAAGACAAAAAUUAACAUACAAAAUUUUAAAAUCAAUGAAGUAAUAUCUCUAGAAAAAUACCACCUAUUAAUCUUAAAUGUUCAAAGUUUUCAUGUUCUGUGAAGAGCAACUCUUAAAUACUUAAUAAGAAAAUAUAGAAUAUAUACCUUUGCUUGCAGAGAUAAUUUUCUUAUUAUAAAAUUAUUCAACUAAAUUUGAGACAUAAGUAAUCAAUAUUAAUAAGGUUAGCCAUUUAUUGUGUUAUUGAGAGCAUUUACUAAACAUUAAGAAUAUAGUAUUUUAUAAUUCAUAGAAUCACUAAUUUUUCAUAAUCCAAUAUUAAUCACAUAAUUAGAAGAAUUUUGUUAAAUUAAAGAAGAUUAUAAUUUAAUAAAAUUAUUAUGUGAAAAAAUCACAUAUGUAAAAAUUAUUAUUUACAAAUUUCUAGGCUAAUCUUAAAAUGAUAUUGUUUUUGUUAAAUACACUUAAGAAUAAGGAUAUUUUUAAGUUAUUUGAAUUCUAUGGUCUUAAGAAAAUGUUAUUAAAAAAUAUUGACAAUCAAAAUAAUUAUGAAAAACUUAGAUUUUAGAUUCUUUCGACAACUGGAUGGAAUGAAGAUGAAUCAGAUAAUUAAAGUUAUUAAAUUUUUGGGGACGCUCCCAACGUUUAUUGA